UAAUGAGAUCAUCAGCUUUGAUUUUGGUUAUUUUGACAGCAACAGUCAGUGCAACAUUCAUCUAUAAUGAAGAUUUGGCUAAAGAGGAAGCUGCCCUCUCAUUUGCUGCUUAUUGUCCUAAUUCAGCUAUCAAUAAUUGGAAGUUAGGCUAUGUUAGUGCUAAUUAUCCAAAUAUUUAAAAUCCUAAAGUUUUUGAAGAUAUCAUUUAAGUAAGAAAUUAUACAUUAUUUUUAGGGAACAAAAGGAUAUAUCGCUUUUAACCCUACCUACAAUGCCAUCACAGUUGUUUUCAGAGGUUCAAGCAACAUCUAAAACUGGUUGGACAACAUCUAAUUCGAUAAGGUUGAUUAUAAUGAUGCAUGCAAAUGCUAAGUUCACAAAGGAUUCCUUGAGGCCUUCAAUUCACUUAAGCCAUAAGUUGACGCUCUCUUCACAUAAUAUAGAAACAUGUACCCAAAUGCCGUCAUUCAUGUAACCGGUCAUUCUUUGGGAGCUGCUAUGGCUACUCUUUAUGCUACUUAAUUAGCAAUUGCUGGAAAUUCACUUCAAUUGUCUACUUUUGGAUUACCAAGAGUUGGUGAUAAAGCCUAUUAUGAUUAUUUCUCUUCAUUUACUUAAGUGACUCAUUUCAGAGUUGUUCAUGAUAAGGAUGCUGUACCACAUGUAAUUUAAUUCAUUUAAAUAUAGGUUCCACCAUAAAGCUUUGGAUUUAAUCACGUUGAUAGAGAAAUUUGGUAUCACAGAGCUUCAUACACUGUAUGCUAAUUGGAUGAAGAUCCUAAUUGUUCAGAUUCAGUUCUUAUUCCAUCAAUUGCUGAUCACAGUUAUUAUAUGGGAUGGAGCUCAUCAGUUGAUUGUUGAUU